UUCUCUUUCUCUCUCUUUCCUCUCAAUUACAUUUCAAUUGCAUUCGUACACCGAACAAAAUGUCCCGCUCAUUGGAAGGAAAGUCUGGCAUUGUCACCGGCGGAUCGCGGGGAAUUGGCGAAGCAAUUGCCCACAACCUCGCCUCCAAAGGAUGCUCCCUCCUGUUGAACUACACCUCCGAGACCUUCCGCGAACGCACCGAAUCCCUCUGCCAAAGCCUCUCCAGCACGCACUCCAUUACCUGCCACGCCGUGCAAGCAGACCUUAACGACGCUCAAACCGCAUCCAACACCAUUCUCUCCGCAGCAAAGGAACUCUUCACCAAAGAUGGCAAAUUCCAAAUCGACAUCCUAAUCAACAACGCCGGCGUCUCAAAAGAUCGCUUCCUCAGCGACGAAACCAAAGGCCCCAUCGACCCAGACUACUUCUACUGGCAAUACAACAUCAACGUCUUAGCACCCCUCCUCCUCACGCAGACAGUCGCCCCACACCUCCCCCAAAACCGCACCGGCCGCAUCGUCAAUAUCUCCAGCGUCUCAUCCUCCCUAGGCUUCACCGGCCAAUCCGUCUACGGCGGCACAAAAGCCGCCCUCGAAGCAAUGACACGCACCUGGGCCCGCGAACUCGCCGACCGCGCCACCGUCAACGCUAUCAACCCCGGCCCUGUUGUCGGGGAUAUGUACUUUGCAACCGGGGAGGCGUUCUGGCGCCAGAUGCAGGGGUAUAUGGAUGCGACGCCGCUGAGUAAGGUGCUUGAGGGUGACGAGAAGAUGGAUGCUUUGACGGAGGAGCAGAAGACGGCGAUUCAGGAGAAGAUGGGUGGGAGGAGGCCGGCUUUUACGAGUGAGAUUGCGGGGGUGGUGGGGAUGUUGUGUACGGAGGAUGGGGGGUGGUGUACGGGGAGUGUGGUUUGUGCUAAUGGGGGGAUGAGGAUGGGUAUUUGAUAUCCCUGUAUUUAGACUGCGUUGCACAUAGAACUAGAAUGUCAAUUGCUCGGU